AUGUCUGCAGCAGCAAAACAACGUUUGCAAGCACUCAGCCAGCAGCUGGUUGAGGGCAUCCCCGACGAGGGCACAUUUGAGGACAUCCCGAAGAUUCGCCAUAUUGCCUCGGAUUCGACAGGGCCCCGGAUCAAGGAUAAGGUGGUUAUCGUGACCGGUGCCAACUCGCCCAACGGGAUCGGUCGUGCCAGCGCCCACCAAUUCGCUCACAAUGGCGCCAAGGCGGUCUACAUCUGCGAUUACAGCGACUCCCACCUUGCCACGCACAAGCGUGAGAUCGAGUCACUCUACCCAGGCGUGGAUGUGCAUGUCCGACAGUUUGACGUGGCCGACGAGAAGGCUGUGACAGAGGUUAUCGACGACGCACUGGCCAAGUAUGGCCGCCUCGACAUCUUCUUUGCCAACGCCGGCAUUGUGGGCCAACCCAAGAUGUUUACGGACAUUGACGGCGAUGGAUUCAUGAAGACGAUGCGAACAAAUGCCCUCGGAGUCUUCCUGGCAGCCAAGCACGCCGCACCAGCCAUGAAAGUGACCUCCGCCUCGAAACCAUACCCAAGCGGCUCAAUCAUCUGCACCGCCUCCGUCGCCGGGCUCCGCUCCAACGCCGGCUCAACCGACUAUUCGGCGUCCAAGGCGGCAGUGGUCUCCAUCGCACAGACAUGUUCAUUCCAGCUCGUCGGCACCGGCAUCCGCAUCAACGCCAUCUGCCCGGGCCUGAUCGAGACCGGCAUGACCCAGACGGUCUUCGAUCGAGCCCGGGCGCACGGCACGCAGCGGAAGAUCGGGCAGCUUAACCCGCUGCAGCGCGGAGCCGUUGCCGACGAGGUGGCGCGCGUGGCGUUGUUCCUGGGGAGCGACGAGAGUAGUUAUGUCAAUGGCCAGGCGUGGGCUGUUUGUGGUGGGUUGAGUGCGGGCCACCCCGUUGUGCCGGGGAAGCUGGCGUGA